AUUGGACAAUUUGCCCCACUUUACUUGGGCAUUAGAUGAUUUGCCCCAGUUUACAUGGGAUUAGAUCAUUUGCCCCACUUUUCAUUUUUCUUUUGAUGAUUUGCCCUUUUCAAUUACUGAAAUCAUUUUUGAAUUUCUAUCCCUUUUUUCCCCAUGCGAAAAGACACCGUUGCCCCUGUGGCUAAUUUACAAUUUGGUACUGUACAGAUCUUUUCUCUUUACAAGGCCACGUCCAACCGAAGCAACUAAUUAACAGGGAACAAAUCGUAUCUACUUUCUUUACAUGGCUCUACCCAACGGAACCAGCUACUCACAAAUCAUAGAUUGAUUCUGUUGCUUGUGACGUCAGGUUCAUGGCUAGUGGAGAGGCGGAUCCACCGCCGGCCACGAAGCCAUCAACUCCAAUGACCCCCGGACAGCGAAGCUUCACACAGAUGGCCGCUGAGACGAUUCCACCUACUGCCGAACAGGGAGGCGACUCUUGCGUCCAUGGAUCACCACGAUCUACUCCAGAUUGGAAGUGUUGAUUGGUCCCAGAUUGAGAUAGCACCAAUGAAUGCUGACGAAAUUGAUGUUCCUAUAACAGAAGAGAACAUGUGCUCGGUGCUUGGCAUCAAUGACGAACCUGAGCAUCGGAAAAUUGUAUCUGAAGCAGCCAUGAAAGCCUCCAUUGCAGAUGUUGAUGCAUGUGUGGCUGAUAUUGAUGAGGAUUUACUUGCUGAUGCGGCUCUUCCUGUGCCUGACCAUAUGCCUGAAGAGGAUCACUUUUGGUAUGAUAAGGAACAUCCUGUGAUAGAGGAAGGAUCUUUGUUUCGUUCAAUGAACGAGUUUAGGAUGCUCAUCAGAACAUUUGCUAUUAGAGGCAAGUUUGACAUCAAGAUCAAGGAUAGUGACACUACUAGAUUUUUGGGUCACUGUAAAGGAAAUGCAUGUCCUUGGAGAAUAACUGCUAGGACAAUAGAAGAUGGAAAAACAGUCAGGGUACAAACUUAUCUAACAUGAAUAGUUUUUUAUGUUGAAAAUAUCUUUUAUAAAUUACUUGCAACUGAUGGUUUGUAUUGUGUUUUCUGCAGGUUAACAAGAUAGUAAAGCCUCAUAAGUGUUCAUCAACCGCUGCAGUGACAACAAGCAUGGCAGACCAAGCAUGGGUGGCAGAAAAGGCAAUGCGGUAUAUUCAAACUGAACCAAACAUUGGUGCCAGCGAGCUCCGAAAAAAGCUACAAGCCGAGUACAAAUGUACUAUUGGGUAUCAUACUGUUAACAAGGGAAAAGAAAGGGCCAAGAAUAGUUUAUAUGGGACCUGGGGAAAAAGCUUUCAGUCGUUAUUGAACUUCAAAGCUGAGAUUGAUAAAAGAUCUCCCGGUAGCAUUGUCGAGGUUGAUGUCAAGAGGGAAAGAGGUGAAGUGCAUUUUCGCAGAUUUUUUAUGGCACUUAAGCCGUGCAUUGAUGGCUUCUUGGCUGGUUGUAGACCAUAUGUCAGUGUAGACUCCACAUUUUUGACUGGAAAGUGGAAUGGUCAAUUAGCAGCAUGUACAGCACUAGAUGGACAAAAUUGGAUGUUUCCUUUAGCAUUUGGUUUCUUUGCUACGGAGACCGAGGAUAACUGGAUUUGGUUUAUGCAACAACUGCAUAGGGCAAUAGGACAUCUUCAAACUCUAGCUAUCUGUACUGAUGCAUGCAAAGGGUUAGAGAAUGCAGUUAAAAUUGUGUUUCCUCAAGCUGAGCAAAGGGAAUGCUUUAGGCAUCUAAUGGCAAACUUCAAAAAAAAGUUUCAUGGAGAUGUUUUUGGUCGCAUGUGGCCAGCAGCCAAGGCUUAUCGUCUGGAAACAUUUAACUAUCAUAUGGCCAAGAUAUUUGAAGCUGAACCUGCAGUGAGUGUCUACCUUGUGUACCUAUCAUAACUUAAAGUGGAUGAGAUGCGACUUCAACACAGAAAUAAAAUGUGAUUACAUUCACAAUAAUCUAGCCGAGUGCUUCAAUAGCUGGAUCAAAGGAACAAAAGAGCUGCCCAUGGAUGAGCUAGCCGAUGCAAUAAGAGAGAAAAUUAUGAUACUUGUUUAUAGAAGGAGAAGGAUUGGGGAAAUGCUUCAGGGAGAGAUAUUGCCUGCCAUCAUUCAACAAAUAAAUAAUAGAACUAGGCAACUUGACCAUUUGGUUGUUGGAAGAUCAACGGGAGAAAGUUGUGAGGUGAAGGACACUAGCAAAAAUAAUCUUAGGCAUGUUGUGAAGAUAGGCAGCCGUGAGUGCACUUGCCUAGAAUGGCAACACACUGGGAAGCCCUGUGAGCAUGCACUUGCAUUCCUUAUAGAGACGGCAGAUGUAAAUUUUCAUCCAUAUGUACAUGAGUACUACUCCGUGAGUAGGUUCCGGGCUGCCUAUGCUGGAGAGAUUGAACCAAUCACAGACAAGUCUCAAUGGCCUCAUGUUAAUAUAGAUUUUGAAAUGGUGCCACCGGUUUUAAAGAGCUCUGUUGGGAGAUGGAGGAAGCAGAGAAUCAAAAGUUGCCUUGAAGAAGGUGGUGAUGGUGGCAGCAAACGGAAGAAAAAAGAUGAUAAUGGCAAAACAAAUAGCCAAGAAGGAGGUGAGAAAGAGAAGGAAAAAGAAAAGAAGAGAUUUGGCAGUAAAAAUAGGUGCAAAGAAUGUGGGAUAUUGAGGCA